AUGCACGCCAAGUCUCGAUUAGCCAAUCAGGGGCUUUGGAGGUUCUGCAUUAACCACAAAUGCCACGCCCACACCAUAACCGUAGGUAUGUUAAAUGCCACCUUCAUGCUUCUGGCCGUGCUGAGCUGUUUUGCGUUGCGCUCAGAAAACUGUUUUCUUGCUCUUCUGGCUUUAGCUGUUUACACAGGAGUGACCGUCACCUUCUUUGGCAAACGCUUCCUGGACUGGCGCUUUUCCUGGUCCUACAUUAUUGGCUGGGUGGCUGUGAUUUUGGCUUUCGCAGCAGGUGUGUUUCAGCUCUGUGCAUACCGCCAGACCUCUGAAGAGCCUGCUCCUUCCAAUAUUCCAGACAGCUGAACAGGAUAAACGCACAAAUGGUCCUUCAGACUGUUGGACUGAACAUCAUUGCGAAAUUUGCUUCUGAAAUAUGAAAUAAAAUAAAUAUAUCAUAGAACAGUCCAUUCUCUACAGCUAGAUGUAGUUGAGCCGCAAACUGUUGACCAAACAUGCCAGUAAUCAGAUAGCUAUACAUGCAGCAUUAAUCUGACAUUUUUCCUGUGUUCCACAAGAAUGUGGUUUUGAAACUAAAUUGUUCAAAAUCAGAUGCAACAUUCUAGCCUUCUUACAAGUAUAAUUUAGGCUUUAACAUUUUUUUGGUUUCAGUAAAUGCUAGAAUUUACAAUGCUCUGCAAACAAUUUUUACAUAUCAUCACUGUAAAACCAGACAGUUUAUCAUAUUUAAUUAGGCUUUUACUUGACAGAAUGUAGUUAGUACCUAAAAACAUAUGUGAAAAGUUUGAUGCGAUAUCUCCUUCUGUUCCAAUACCAACAGCUCCCAUUAGUUUGCUAGGACAAUCAUGCUGUGGAUAUGCUUUUCUACAUCAGGACAAGGAGUCUGGUCCAUGUUGAUGGAUAGAUUGAUAAAUUUAAAUACAGGACAAAUCUGGGGAGAGGAGUGGGACAACGGUAAGAGGCUGUGAGAAACCUAAACCAGAAGAGGAGCUUUAAGCAGGAGAGUUACAAGGG